AUGGACCUUGUCCCUAGGUCUCAUGCCACGCUCUCCCCGCAUUUUUGUUCUACUCCUGGGCAAUCCAUGGUUGCGAAUAUCUCCCCAUAUCCUACUCUUCCACAAAGCUGCGAACAAACCGAAAUCGUCCCAGAACACUCACCGAUAGCUAUUGGGCUUGGCAUAUUCGGUAGCCCACAAAUGUCGAUGUGCUCGUCUCGGCAAUCGAUACUCCAACAUUCUGAAGGAUGGCAACGUGGAUGCCAACCAAACAGUGCUUUCUCCCCCAUAGGGGUGAUGUCGGGACUACCUUCGUUUGAGGAGGGUCACUUAAUGCUACAAGACACCGCGCAACACCAUUCGGAUGCUUCAAUGGUUUACUCUAACCCUACACACUGCGGUAUGGCUAGUAAUGCUAUGUUCCAGCGAUAUGUACCUCAAUACAACGGCGGCUUUCACUACCCAGCGGUUCCCACUAUGAGGCAAGAACAUCACUCAAUUAUAAUGCAACAGCGGCAGAGGCAGGUUAACUGCUCGGGUCCUCAGGACUUGGAACAAAAUACCGGCGCUCACCCUUUUGAGUUGGACAAUAACGCGGAGAAUCAAAGCGUAGAGAAUAAUAACAUGCAAAGACCCGCAACAAAUAACAAGACUCCUCGGGCCCCUUUACGGUCGUCACGCUCACAUGCGACAGUGUCUCAAGUAGACCAAGCAAGGAGUCAACCAUUCGGUGUUAGGAAACAGUCAAAGAGAAGAGCCAGUGGAACCGACACGAAGUUUGAGUGUGAGAAAUGCGGGAUGCGUUUUACCAGGAAUUCUAAUUGCAAAUCGCAUAUGAAAAUCCAUGAUCCGAAUCGAAAAUUGCCUUUUAAAUGCACUUCACCCGGGUGCACCAAAAAGUUCGGCCGAAAAACUGACCUUACUAGACACGAAGAUAGUGUUCAUAAGAAACUACGGCAAUUUGGUUGUGAUCAGUGUGGCCAUCGGUUUGCGCGACAGGACACUCUGCGAAGGCAUUGCGAAGAUGGAUGCAGAAGACGGAAUCGUCAAGCUCAACGUACGGCCAAAAGCGUGCCAACAAUGCCCCAGCAAGCCCCGGCAUUUCAAUCUCCAUCCAUCCUAUAUCCCGACCAAACGAGUACAUACCCUGAGGCUGAGGACCAGCAAAAACUAAAUGCGUCCUUUCUUUCUCCAUACCUCGAUGAUACCACUAAUGCAUUUCACCAAUACCUAUGA